AUGGCUUCCGAACCCGCGGCCACUGUGGCCGACUUGGACUUUGAUAACGAACAGUACGACUCCGCCGAAGAUGAAGAUUUUCAGCUCGAUCCUGAUCAAGAAGAUGCCGACUUGACCGGCUCCGAUAGCGACGAUGAGGCGACAGCACCAGCAGCGAAAAGGCGCAAAACAGGGCCUAACAAGGCAGCCAUCGAAGAAAGAGAACUCGACUCCGGCGAUGAGGCGAUGAUCCAGAAAGUAAAGGCGAGAAAGGAGGGCAAGCAAAAAGGGAAGAAGUCACAGGCCACAGCCAGCGAUGAGGACGAGGACGACGUGGAUUUCGAUGACGAGGAUGAAGGUGGUCCAGGUGGCUUUGUACGGACGCGAGCAAUGAGGAUGCGAAUGCAGGAAGAGCGGAAGCCCCUGGCCAAGAUUGACGGUGCUACGGUUGACGUUGAUGCAAUAUGGGCUCAAAUGAAUGCCUCUGAUUCUGGUGGAGGCAUUCUCCCUUCGCAGACCCAAGCAAAGGACGCCACCCCUAUGAACGACGAAAACAAGGACACCGAUACCACCGAAAAACAGGUCCCCUCGCCGGAUACGAAACCUCAGUAUACGGUGGAGAUGGUAAAGAUCAAACGGACCUACAAGUUCGCCGGCGAAGUCAUCACCGAAGAGAAAAUCGUCCCCAAAGACUCUGCCGAAGCGAAGCUUUUCCUCGCGAACGGCGAGAGCGCUGAGACCGUCACAGAGGCCGAUGUCGAACACGCCGCGAACGCAAAGGACGCGCUCAAGCUCCGCAGACCCCUCCGCAAGAUCUCGCGCUUUGAUCCUAAUCCCACCGGGACAAUCAAGAAGAGCUGGGAGAAGCAACCUACUACCGAGAUCACUGGUCAGACAGAGAACGCUAGCGGACCGAAGAUCAACACCGUGGAAAAGUCUCGGCUGGACUGGGCUGCGUAUGUGGACCAGGCCGGCAUCAAGGACGAGCUCAAGGUACACAGCAAAGCCAAGGAAGGGUUCCUUGGCCGCAUGGAUUUCUUGGAUCGCGUUGUUGCCAAGCGGGAGGAGGAACGAAGAAACGCGCGGUUGAAGGGAUUGUGA